CCCCACCGGCAAGAUGCCCAUCCUCAAGCAGCUGGUGUCGAGCUCGGUUCACUCCAAGCGCCGCUCCCGCGUGGACCUCACGGCCGAGAUGAUCAGCGCCCCCCUGGGCGACUUCCGGCACACCAUGCACGUGGGCCGGGCGGGGGACGCCUUCGGGGACACGUCCUUCCUCAACAGCAAGGCCGGCGAGCUGGACGGCGAGUCCCUGGAGGAGCAGGCCGCCUCCUCGUCCUCCAAACGCGGCCUCCUGUCCCGGAAGUUCCGGGGCAGCAAGCGGUCGCAGUCGGUGACCAGGGGGGACCGGGAGCAGAGGGACAUGCUGGGCUCCCUGCGGGACUCGGCUCUGUUCGUCAAGAACGCCAUGUCCCUGCCGCAGCUGAACGAGAAGGAGGCCGCCGAGAAGGGCUCCGGCAAGCUGCCCAAGAGCCUGUCGUCCAGCCCCGUGAAGAAGGCGAGCGCCGGGGAGGGCGGCCAGGAGGAGGCGGGCGAGGGGGAGCUGGUGCCCCGGCGGAACGGGGCCACCGCGCCCCACUCCCCCGACCCCCUCCUCGACGAGCAGGCCUUCGGGGACCUGACGGAGCUGCCCGUGGUGCCCAAGGCCAGCCUGGGGCUCAAGCACGCCGAGUCGGUCAUGUCGUUCCACAUUGACCUGGGCCCCUCCAUGCUGGGCGACGUCCUCAGCAUCAUGGACAAGGAGGAGUGGGACCCCGAGGAGGAGGGCGGCGGUUACCGUGACGGGGACCCCACAGGCAGCACCCUCCGGGCUCCCCCGGCCCUGGCAUCGGUGGCCCCUCCACGGGCAAGGCAGCAAGAAGGCGCGUCGGGCCGGGACCUGCCCCAGGACGAGGGCUGGGCGGCGGCCCCCAGCCCCGGCUCGGCCCGCAGCGAGGGCAGCCACACCACGCGGGACAGCAGCUCCCUAUCCAGCUGCACCUCGGGCAUCCUGGAGGAGCGCAGCCCCGCCUCGCGGGGGCCCGACAGGGCCCGGGCUGCGCUGCCCCGGCAGCAGGACAAGGAGUUCUCCUUCAUGGACGAGGAGGAGGAGGAUGAGAUCCGGGUGUGAGGGGCACCAGGCGGGAGGGGGGCUCCGUCUCCUCCCUGCCCCCUCCCCCCCUCCAGGCCACCACCCCCUUCCCUUCCCUGUCCCGUCCCAUCCUGUGCAAGGCAGCCGGGAGCCUGGCUUCCACCGCAGACCCUGGACGUCCCCCGUCCUGGACGUGGGGCGCUGGUGAGGCCAGGGCCCCAAUGGGGACACAGGGAGGUGGCGUGGGCACCCAGCUGCCUGGCGCACCCAGCCCUCCCGUGUGCUGCGGGCUGGACCGGGUGCUUGCGGCAGGAACCGGUUCUCCCUUCCCUCCAGCCCGGCCUCAGACGGUGACGCAUGUCAGCCAAGUCCCCGCCUCGUGGGGCAGCAGCGGCGGGUCAGUCCGGGAGCGGCCCCGGUGCCUCGGCCAAGGACGCUCGGCUCGCCUUUCCUCUCCUGGCGUUUCUGCUGUGACUGGUGGCCGUGUGGCAGGAGGAAAGGUGGUCCCACGCCCCGGCCCCCCGCUCCCGGCUCCUGCACCGCGAGCCUGGAGCCCCUUGGAGCAAAGCCGGACCGAAUGUGUGCACUAACGCGGCCCCUUCCAGGGGGGAGAACAGGAUGGGGAAUGAAAGAAAGGAGGCCCCAGGCUUCCUGAAUUUUCUAAAAGGGGCCUUUCCAGGAUGACACUAGGAACAGGCUGGGCACUCGCUCGGCCCCUAUCGAUCUGUUUGUUCUCCUGUCCUGUUUAAAUCCUUCCAGAGCAUAUCUGGAACAGUGUUAACAGCUCUGCUACCAGAUGGAAGAUCAAAUCCUUUUAGAAAACCUUUAUACUAAGUGCUUCCAGACUUUAUUUAGAACUGUAUGGGGUGGGUGUCCGUGCGUGUGUGUCCUUCCCCUCCCGCCCCACUCCAUGGCUAUUAACAGUUGAAGGCAGCCAGUGUAGAAAUUUUCUGGAAAAGGAUUUUUUAAAAAAUUAAUAUAUCAUUUCUUGGAGGGCUAGAAGCUUUUUUGACUGAGUUACUCCCCCCCCCAUACACACACACACACACACACACACACACACACACACACUGACCACUUCCCCUUCCUUUAGGCCUUUUCUGCCAGCAGAACCCUCUCCCCCACUUCUGAGUCCCCUAAGGAUAGAGGGUUGCCAGAUUUAGCAAUAAAACAAAACAAAACCAGAACACGGAGAUAAAUUAGGAUGUCAGGCAUACAAAGGAUAAUUUUUGUAGUAUAAGUAUGCCCCACACCAUGUUUGGGACAUACUUAUGCUAAAAAAACUAUUUGUUGUUCUUCUGAGAUUCCAGCGUUUCACUUUGGUCCUGUAACCCUGCCCAAGGAGGUCGAGUGGGAGCUUGGGCAUGUGCCCCAGGGUGAACUGAUGAUUAUUUUCCUGUCCUGGGAGCAAGCUGGCCCACCUUCUCCUGUCCCCUCGUACGCGGCAGAGGGAGGGGACAGGCCAGGGUUAGCGGGCGUCACUGCUGCAGCCUCUCCCGCUUGUUGCCAGAUCCUGAUCCAGACAGUUCCUGAUUCCGGUGCCCUGUCGGUACUGUUUUCAGUAGUGUGGCUCCCACAUAGGGGAGGAGUCACAAGGGGCCCUACAGCCCCCACCAGCUGCCCUUGAAACCCAUGCGAACAGUGGUCAGUUCCAGAUUCUAAACUGUAUAUAUUUUUUCAUGGUAUUGUUAAAACAGUGAGGAAACAUUAAAAAAAAAAACAAAAAAAACCGCUGUGGAACUCC